AGUCGCUGAGGCGGGGGUGGGGGUGACGGCGGCCUAGGAGGGUCAGUUUAAGGCGUGGCUGUGUGCGCUGCUCGCCAGGAGGCGGUCCCCGUAGGCCCAGUGCCUGGGACGGGCGGGUCUCACGGGCACCCCGCCUCCCUCCGGCCGCUGCGAGUGCUCCCCGAGCUCCCGUCUGCUCACCCGCGCUCUGCAGAAGCCUCCCUAGCCGCCCUCCGGGUUCUGCUUCCAGCACAGGAGCCCGCCGCGGGCAUCGCUCUGCAGCCGCCGCCUCCAGCGCACAGCCCAGCGAUCGUGGAGCUCGGGAACUCUGUGUAGGCACUCAGACCCCAUUCUUGAAGAAAAGAGAAAGGUAGAAAAGAUGGUAGCUGAUUGCCUGACAAAUUGUUACCAGGUCUCAGUAACUUUUGAUGAUGUGGCUGUGGACUUCACCCAAGAAGAAUGGAUUUUAUUGGAUCAAGCUCACCGAGACCUCUACAGAGAGGUGAUGCUGGAGAAUUACCAGAACCUGGCCUCAGCAGGCUGUGAGGUCAUCAAGCCCAGUCUGAUCUCCUGGUUGGAAGAAGAGGAUUUGCACAGAGAAGAUCUCCAAGAAUGGGAAAUGCCACUUGGCACCCAAGAGUCAACAUUGCGUCAGGAUUUUUUGAGGGGACAGACUUCCAGUGGAAUACAAACAGGCAGAAGCCACAGUGCACGAGAACUCUCUUACUAUGCACAAUGUGGAGAAAUUUUCAGUGAGCACUCUUAUUUCAAGACACAUGUGAAAAGCCACAGUGCGUGGAGCACUGGCCAUCUCAGCCACUCAGAGCAUGACACGUCUGCUCCAGUGCACACCAUAAAAACGUACCCAUGUAAGAUUUGUGGAAAAGCCUUUGGACGAUCUUCAAAUCUCAACAGACACCUGCGAAGCCACACUGGAGAGAAACCGUAUGAAUGUAAGGAGUGUGGGAAAGCCUUCACUACCUACUCAAGGCUAGUGGAACACUUUAGAACUCACACUGGAGAGAAACCAUAUAAAUGUAAGGAUUGUGGAAAAGCCUUUGCUAAGCGGUCAGGCCUUAUAACACAUAUAUCAACCCAUGCUUCAGAGAAACCCUUUGCAUGUAAAGAGUGUGGGAAGGCCUUUGCUUCAUCCCCACGCCUUAGCCAGCAUAUAAGAAUUCACAGUGGCGAGAGGCCCUACAUAUGUAAGGAGUGUGGGCGAGCCUUCCUUACUUCCUCAUACCUGCGGAACCACAUCGGAAGAACUCACAGUGGAGAGAGACCCUACAUAUGUGGAGAAUGCGGAAAAGCCUUCCAUUCUUACUCAAAUCUGCGUAGACAUGUGAGAACUCACAGUGGAGAGAGACCCUAUAUAUGCAAGGAGUGUGGGAAAGCCUUCCUCAAUUCCUCUUACCUACAUAACCAUAUAAGAAAAACGCACAGUGGGGAGAUGCCUCACAUAUGUGGUGAAUGUGGCAAAGUCUUCCAUGCUUCCUCGUACCUGCGUAGACACUUAAGAACUCACAGUGGAGAGAGACCAUGCAUAUGUAAGGAGUGUGGGAAAGCCUUCCUCAACUCCUCGUACUUACGUAAGCAUCUAGCCAUUCACACUGGAGACAAACCCUACGAGUGUAAGGACUGUGGGAAGGCCUACCGUAGGUACAAUCUGCUACACGACCAUUUAAAAACUCAUGAAGUUGAAAAGCCCUUUGAGUGUGAUGCAUGUGGAAAAUCCUUUCAGUAUUUCUCAUAUCUUACUAAACACAUUCGUAUUCACACCGGAACAAAACCUUAUAAGUGUAAGUACUGUGGGAAGGAUUUCACUACUUCCUCAAGCCGAACUGAACAUAUCCGAACUCACACUGGUGAGAGGCCCUAUGAGUGUACGGAAUGUGAGAAAACCUUCACUUCUUCAUCUAACCUCAUACACCACGUAAAAAUCCACGCGCGAGAGAAACCUUUUGUUGAGAAUAUAGGGAAGCCUACGAUAGAUUUUCCUUACUAACCAAACACUUGUAACUCACGGUGAACAGUCACUUCAGACAGGAGGAAUGGCAGAAACCCUUCACCCCUCACGUCUUGGUUUCAUCAGACUGGGACGUGCACUACUAAGAAGCCAAGGAAUGUGCGACAGCCCUCAGCUGUGACAGCUUACUCUGAAAACAUGGAAAGAACUCAUACUCAAGAUGACCCAUGAAUAUGAGGAAAGAAAUAUAAUAAGGAAGUAGCCGUCGCUACUUUCUAGGACCUUACUAAAUGUGUAAGACUUCACAAUGAAGGGAAGUCACUGAUGUAAGAUGCGUAGAAAGUUGUAGUUCUGUUAAGUAUUUUAAAAUCACUUGUCUCAACAGUUGAGAAAACCUUCAUGAAGGUAAGGAAUGUUAGAAAGUAGCGUGAACUCAGUUUUCAGUGUUUAGUAAGUAUCAUUCAUACCCAAGAGAAAUUAACAAUAUAGAAAUUUUGUCCAUGUGUGCUAGCAGCAAUAAGGCCUGUUGGGUGAUAUUUAUUUUGAAGUUUUGUCCUGAUUCCUGGACUUAUAAUACGUUUUCUUUCCUUCAAGCAACACCAUUUCAUCUUUCAUAUAACUUCUGGGUAGUAAGCCAGUGUUAGGAGGACUUUUGGACUACAAACAUUGUUUUGGUGUAGUGUAGAUUCUGUUGUUGGCUUACCAACUUAUUAAACAGGCUACCCUAUAGUAGCUUACAGCAGCUGAGUUUCAUAAUAUGGUGCUCACAGUCAUUAAAAUGUUCAUGUUCCCUUUUCGCAACUUUUUGAUAAAAGGUGAUAAAUAAGCAACAAGCUAGCCAAGUCCUUUCUACAAACACAUUGAGCUGGGAAUUCAUAAAUGCAUCAGUCCUUGAUGGAGCCAGAGCCCUCAAGAUCCAGACAUCUCUCCCAUCCUACCCUGAACUCUACAGUCCUAGGAUGCAAGCCUUCAGUACAUGAAAUUUUGUGGGUAUAUUUCAUAUAUAAAUCAUAAUACAGCCCCCCUCCUGGCUUCUGAUAAUUCCCCAAGAUUACAGAUAACUCAAAUGCUUGGGGACAUGUUUUAUAAUCAUUAUGAUUUCUAGUUUUUUUCUGUUGUAUGUGUGUGUUGCGAGUGGAAUAGGUGUACGUGUCACAUGUGGAAAUCAGACCAUGUGCUGGAGUCUGUUGCCUCCUUCCACAUGUGGGUCCCACGGAUACAGCUUGGGUUGUCAGACAUGGCUUGGCAAGCUUAACUCACCGAGCUGUCGCACUGACCCAUACUUUUCAUACUCAGAACAAUUGAAUGGGACUAAGAGAUGGCUCUGUGGUCAAGAACACUUUCUAUUUCAGAGGACCAGAGUUUAGUUCCCAGCACUCACACUGAGAUGUUCCCAACUGCCUUUAAUCAAGAUCAGACUUCCUCUUCUGGUCUCUGGGUACCUACAGGCAAGUACACAUACAAACACAUAAAUAAUGAAGUCUUUUAAAAAGGAAAAAGACAAUUAAUACAGACUCCCAAGCCCAAUCCUUUUCUGGGAACCCUCUAAGCAUAUAUGUCCCAUGUCCUCAAUCAAUCUAGAUCAAAACCGAAGAGAAAUAGACAUCACCUAUAUAUACUCUUGCUCAUUAGAAUUAUUCAGAAUUAUUGAUUUUAAAAUUUUUUUCCAGCCAUACUUUUCAUUCUUGGCAAAAAUUUCAAUAAACUUUGUGGCUAAGGCUUCCUUUGCUUCCA